AUGACCGAACUUAUCUCACUACGGAAAAAAAGACACAUCAUUCAAGACUCUAUUAUGAUAUUAGUAAGAAUCUUGGACGAAUGGCAAGACAAUGAAGAAGAACAGGACUCUGAUUUUCUGCAAGCCUUGUUAGGAACGUUAGAAAAAGCAUUUCAAAGAUUUACUCACGUCCAAGACACGUUAGAAGAAAUUGAUGAAACGAAAUGUAGCAAACGAAUAGCCCUGCAACUAUCUUACAACAAAGCAGUUGCGCGAGCGCAAAAAUAUCUACACGAAACAAAUAAGCAAGUUGGUGCCAUUGUUAGAUCAUCUACGCCGAUUAAAUAUAAUCUGUCAUCUGUCGCGCUACCGACUAUCGCAUUGCCAAAGUUUGAUGGAUCCAUAAAAGGAUGGACUUCGUUUCACGAUGUAUUUACAGCGCUUAUGGAUAAAACUGAAGAUCUCACGCCGGUUCAGAAAUUGAAAUAUCUCAGAUUGUCGCUGACCGAUACGGCCGCAUGUUCAAUUCAAUCGUUGGAAAGUACGGAUCAUAACUACGAAAUUGCGUUGUCUAUUUUAAGAAACAAAUACGAAUCCCCUCGUUGGACCCUCCAUCGACACUGGGUGAUCCUCCGCGAAUUUCCGCAUCUACAGAACGAUACCCCGUUGAAUCUCAAUCGUCUCGUUGAUACCAUCCAACAGCACUUACAGGACUUGCAAAAUUUAGGAGCACCGGUGGAACAUUGGGAUAUCCCUCUGGUAGAUUUGAUUCUUUCAAAAAUCAAUCCGAGCACUGCUUGGCAAUGGGAACUCACUUUGACUCACGACACCACGCCAAGUUACAAGCAUUUGCUAGUGUUCCUUGAGAAAUGGGCUAAUUGCGUCGAAUUCUCCACCGUAAAGGAAGAACCUAAUCAAAACCAAGCAAAUCGUUACCAGUCAGAAGUAUCACAACAACGGAAAGCCGAACGAGCUCAAGCACAAGCUGAUGCUGUCUCAAUGACUGCACCUGCAACCGCAUCCAAACCUACUUUAUCGGUAAAUGAAUGUCAGAAAAGAGUUACCAACGCGGCAAUGUGCUCGAACUGCUUGGGAUACGGACACGAAAAACAGGAAUGCUAUUCUGAAGUAAUAUGUCGAAAAUGCGGAAAACGUCAUCACACGUUACUGCAACCAUCAGGAAAUACCACCCAGGAAUCUACCCAACCAGGAACAUCGGUGACCGAGAAGAAGGUCGAUGAAUCCAAACAACAAGCAUGA